AUGCAGUUGCCGUUCUACCUUGCCGUUGCUGCCACUUGUUUGGCCAGUGUUGUUCUCGCGCAUCCCGGAGAAAAUCACGAUGCUGCGCUUGUCAAGCGCAAGUUGGAUAUGCAAGAGGCUCGGGCUGCCCACGGUAAUCGUGCUCUCGCCAAGUGCGCUCGCUCUCAGGACUACCGUUCGUUUCAUACGCGAAACAUCGAGCGUCGCGAAUUGAAAGCUCGAGGAAUUCGCCAAUCACGCGGUCUCAGCCACAAGACUAACGACCACUUUCGUCGAACAUCAGAUGACCUAGAGAAAUGGUCCGGUGUAGAACACAACAAGACCGGAAAGAUUACUCCGUUCGGUAAUGUUUUUGACGCAGAAACAACCUGCAUCCUGACUCCUGUGAUCACUGAUGGUCCGUACUAUGUCUGGGGUGAGUUGAUUCGCCAGAACGUUGUCGAGAGUGAGUACUCUCGAGGUGUCCCAAUGUAUCUUGAGAUCCAAUAUAUCGACGUGAACACCUGUCAGCCUCUUCCAGACCUUUACGUGGAUAUUUGGAAUGCAAAUGCGACUGGAGUGUAUAGUGGCAUCUCAGAAAGUGGCAACUACGCCGCUGGGGGAUGGAACAGCACCUAUUUGCGAGGCAUUCAGCCUACUGAUGAUGAUGGAGUGGCGACUUUUGAAACUAUCGUUCCUGGUCAUUACUCCGGUCGAGCCACCCAUACCCAUUUGCUUGUUCACACAAACGCCACAAUUCUUUCGAAUGGUACCCUCCAAAUCAACUCCGGUUCAAUUACCCAUAACGGACAGCUUUUCUACGACGAAGCCCUUCGAUCUGCGGUCGAGGCGUCAGAUCCUUACAAUACCAACACGAUUGCGGUUACCAGUAAUGACGAAGACCAGUGGUUGCCAGAGCAGGCGACUUCGAGUUAUGACCCAUUUAUUCGCUAUGUCUAUUUAGGCGAUGAUAUCUCCGACGGUAUUUUCGCAUGGAAGGAAAUUGGUAUCAAUUCCACUGCUGACUACACAAACAAUUCGGACUACGCCAUUGCUGCUUACCUUGGAGCUAAUGGGGGUUACGAAAAUACGGGUGCCCACGCGUUCUUGGGUGGUGGUGGCUCCUCAUAA